AUGGGCAAGAGCAAGAUGGACGACGCUGCGGCUGAGCGGAUCCGCAGGGCUCGCGGGGACAAGGACGCCUUUUCCAAGCGCGCGGCAGAUGCGGCCCGGCGAAAUGAUGGCGGCCAGGACCAGCACGCCUCCUCGUCCAAGAGCGGUAGCGUCGGCAGCAAGGCUAAUCGCGAGAGUGGUGCGGAGAAGAAGUGA